AUGUAUGAACCAAAAGCCACCAGCUGGACGAGCGUUGUCGUCAAUGAGUUCGUGAGUUUGCAACUCGUAGCGACUAGCCCAAUCCUGGACUGGUUUGUGUCGAUAUCCUACGACGAUUUUGAUUCAUCGUUGUCCUCCGCUGCCAAAGCCUUCCUUUCUGAGCCAAUCUCCUUCUUUACUUCUCGUUUGCCGACAGUCACGGCCACAGCCGUCGCAGCUUACUUGUCCUGGGUCGUGUUCCAGGCGUGUUUGUACGUCUUCGUCCCCGGGCCCCUCCACCAGGCCCCACGGACACCAGGGGGAAGACGCCUCCUCUACCGGCUGAAUGGGUUCUCUGCGUGGGCCGUAACGGUGGCACUUGCAGCAUAUGCGUCCUAUGCGGGAUUCGUUGACCCGGCAGUCAUCGCAAAGCACUGGACUACCACCAUAGCCACGGCUAUGGUCUAUUCGUUCGCACUCAUCGGGAUCUUCUACAUCAAGGCUCGUGUGGUGCCCGACAAUAAGGGGGACACCCUGUUGACCGGCCACUUUUGGUAUGAUCUUUUCAAUGGCGGAGAGCUCCAUCCGCGGACUGGGCAGCUGUUCGACUGGAAGCACUUCAAUGCCAGCCGGACCGGCGGUAUCUUGGCAUGGACGUUGAUAUUCUUCGAGACUCUCGACGGCGCGCACGAACGGUUCUCCUUUUACAACAUCUUCGGCUUCGCCGUCAUGAUGCCGCAUCUGUGGACUUUGCAAACGCAGUAUCUUGCUACUCACCCCGUCCGGCUUUCCACGCCGGCGGUGGUCUUGGUCGUCAUUGGCUUUGCCGUCGGUUGGACGAUUAACCACAUUGCCAAUGAGCAAAAGGCCGCAUCUCGACGGACGAAUGGGAAGUUUCGCAUUGGCGGACAGGAGGCGAAAACGGUCGAGGCAAAGUAUCACACGGCGGACGGCAAAACACAUCGCACCAUCCUUCUCUGCUCCGGUCUGUGGGGAAUUGUUCGUCACCCAAACUAUGUCGGUAGCAUCACCUACGCAUGGGCCUCGUGUUUGCCCUGUGGUAGCGGCCACCUCCUCCCCUACCUAGAGGCGAUCCUCGUCACCGGUAUUUGCAUUCACCGCUGUUUCCGUGACGAGGCAAGAUGCAAAGCCAAGUAUGGGGAAGCAUGGGCCGAGUACUGCCAGCAUGUCAAGUCGCGUCUGAUCCCUGGGGUCUUUUGA